GAGGUGCGCUUCUGACAAGCCCGAAAGUCAUUUCCAAUCUCAAGUGGACUUUGUUCCAACUAUUGGGGGCGUCGCUCCCCCUCUUCAUGGUCGCGGGCAAACUUCCUCCUCGGCGCCGCUUCUAAUGGAGCCCCACCUGCUCGGGCUGCUCCUCGGCCUCCUGCUCUGUGGCACCAGGGUCCUCGCCGGCUACCCAAUUUGGUGGUCCCUGGCCCUGGGCCAGCAGUACACAUCCCUGGGCUCACAGCCCCUGCUCUGCGGCUCCAUCCCAGGCCUGGUCCCUAAGCAACUGCGCUUCUGCCGGAAUUACAUCGAAAUAAUGCCCAGCGUGGCCGAGGGCGUGAAGCUGGGCAUCCAGGAGUGCCAGCACCAGUUCCGGGGCCGCCGCUGGAACUGCACCACCAUAGACGACAGCCUGGCCAUCUUCGGGCCCGUCCUGGACAAAGCCACCCGCGAGUCGGCCUUCGUGCACGCCAUCGCCUCUGCCGGCGUGGCCUUCGCCGUCACGCGCUCCUGUGCCGAGGGCACCUCCACCAUCUGCGGCUGCGACUCGCACCACAAGGGGCCGCCUGGCGAGGGCUGGAAGUGGGGCGGCUGCAGCGAGGAUGCCGACUUCGGGGUGCUCGUGUCCCGGGAGUUCGCGGACGCGCGCGAGAACAGGCCGGACGCGCGCUCGGCCAUGAACAAGCACAACAACGAGGCGGGCCGCACGACCAUCCUGGACCACAUGCACCUCAAAUGCAAGUGCCACGGGCUGUCGGGCAGCUGCGAGGUCAAGACGUGCUGGUGGGCCCAGCCCGACUUCCGCGCUAUCGGCGACUUCCUCAAGGACAAGUACGACAGUGCCUCGGAGAUGGUGGUGGAAAAGCACCGCGAGUCCCGCGGCUGGGUGGAGACCCUCCGCGCCAAGUACGCGCUGUUCAAGCCGCCCACCGAGAGGGACCUGGUCUACUACGAGAACUCCCCCAACUUCUGCGAGCCCAACCCUGAGACGGGCUCCUUUGGCACCAGGGAUCGGACUUGCAAUGUCACCUCCCACGGCAUUGAUGGCUGUGACCUGCUGUGCUGUGGCCGCGGCCACAACACGAGGACGGAGAAGCGGAAGGAGAAAUGCCACUGCAUCUUCCACUGGUGCUGCUAUGUGAGCUGCCAGGAGUGCAUCCGGAUCUACGAUGUGCACACCUGCAAGUAGGGAGCCAGGGCACUGGGAGCGGGUGAAGUGCGUGGCUGGCAGAUUCACCGAAGUCCCAUGGGAAGCACGACCUGGAGCCGGGCUCAGC